AUGAAUACCGAGAAGAAGGACGAGAACAUUCGCGAUGGUGCAGUGGCGCCAGUCACCGCAGCAAAUGCGCCAGAAGUAGGAACAGAGAAUGGCACACCAGUAGGGCCAGCGAGCGCAACACACCCAACAACAAACAGCGACAUGACAGAGAAGGACAGGGAAGCACUGUCGAGCUCGUCGAGUCAAGACGCCGCAGUCGAAGGCAAGUCGGAUGAGGAGAAGGGGGAAGAGAAGCAGGCAGAGAAAACGCCAAUGGAACAGCGGUCGAAGGGCAAGAUCGCGCUGAUCAUGCUGGCACUGUGCAUGGCCGUCUUCCUGGCUGCGCUGGAUGUCACCAUCAUCACAACCGCCUUGCCGACAAUAAGUGAACACUUCCACUCUUCAGCCGGGUACACGUGGAUCGGUUCUGCGUUCCUGCUCGCCAACUCUGCAUCGAUACCGUCAUGGGGCAAGAUUUCGGAUAUCUUUGGUCGCAAGCCCAUGCUGCUGCUGGCGAAUAUCAUCUUCAUGAUCGGGUCGCUAGUCGCGGCGCUGGCGAACAGCAUUGGCAUGCUCAUUGCUGCGCGGGCGAUUCAAGGUAUUGGUGGUGGAGGUCUGAUCAUUCUGGUGAACAUCACGAUCGGUGAUUUGUUCAGUCUGCGGAACCGUGGAGCGUUUUAUGGUGUUAUUGGUGGUGUCUGGGCGAUUGCGUCCUCCAUUGGGCCGAUCAUUGGAGGAGCCUUUACUCAGAGUGUCUCCUGGAGGUGGUGUUUCUACAUCAACUUGCCUCUCGAUGGAAUCGCCUUCUUCAUUCUCCUGUUCUUCCUCGACCUCAAGACACCCCGGACUCCAAUCAUGGCUGGCUUGAAGGCGAUUGACUGGGUUGGCUCACUUACAAUCGUCGGCGGCACGCUCAUGUUCCUCUUCGCUUUGCAAUACGGUGGUGUAACAGCACCUUGGAACUCCGCGCUCGUUCUUUGCCUGCUCAUUUUUGGUAUCGUCACAUGGGUGCUCUUCGGUCUUUGGGAGUGGAAGUUCGCCAUCUACCCAAUCAUGCCCAUGGGCAUCUUCGGUGGUCGCUCCCGUUUGGCGACACUCGGAGUCGUCUUCUUCCACGGCUACACUUUCAUCUCGGCGUCUUACUACCUCCCACUUUACUUCCAAGCAAUUCGCGGUGCUUCACCCAUCAUGUCUGGAGUCUACUUGCUGCCCACUGCGAUAUCCCUCGCUAUCGCUUCGAUCGGAACAGGAGUCUUCAUCAAAAAGACUGGCCGGUUCCUGCCACCCAUCUACUUUGGCAUGUUCAUGAUGACGCUUGGAUUUGGCCUGUUCAUCGACUUCGACGCUAACAGCAGCUGGACGAAGCUGGUCAUCUUUCAGAUCAUCGCUGGUCUCGGUACCGGGCCCAUCUUCCAGGCCCCGAUCAUUGCCUUACAAGCACACAUCAACCCGCGAGACAUCGGCACGGCAACUGCCACUCUAGGCUUCGUCCGCCAGCUCGCCACCUCCACCUCCGUCGUCAUCGGCGAAGUCGUCUUCCAGAAUGAGAUGAAGAAGAAAUCUUCAACACUCAUUCGCGCUCUUGGGCCUCAGCUGGCCCAGCGACUUGGAGGUGGCAACGCAGGCGCGGAAAGCAACCUCAUCGACUCUCUUCCACCCGGCCAGCGAAGCGUCGUGCGGGUAGCAUUCGCCAACUCGCUCAUGCCAAUGUGGGCGAUGUACACGGCGUUUGCGGCAGCAGGGCUCGUCAGCGCCUUUUUCAUCGGACGGAAGACGCUGACCUCGCAGCACGAAGAGACGAAGACUGGUCUCGAGGCGGAGAAGGAGAACGCGGCGGCCAGGAAGCAGGAGAAAGAGGACCACCGUCUGGAGAAGGAGGAGAAGAGGGCCAGCAAGCGGGCAAGUCAGAUGUUGUCGCCGAGUGGGAGUACGAGCCAGGUGAACUCGCGGCCGGUGAGCCAGAAUGUCAGUCGGGCGCAUAUCGCGUCAGUGGAGGAGGGGGACGAGGGGCCGCAGGACGUUGAGAAGGGGAGGUUAUGA